CUAUUGAAUCAAGUAGUAAUGACAACAACAAUAUAGAUUUGGAUUUAGAUAACAAAUUAAGAGAUUAUGACUUAGAGCUUGUUCAAAUUCUUUCAUUUUAUUUACAAACCUUAAACCAAAGAAUUUUUUAUAGUCAUAUUUCUAAAUCAAAUAAUUGGAUAAAGAAU